AUGGAGGAAGCAGUAUCUGCUUGGAAACUCUCAAGGCCAUUCGUUCUCGAUCUUAUAGCGAAAAAUGAAGCUGCGGCUGCCGAACCCCCGAACAAGAAGAGAAAGCUUUCUCCAAACGAUUCAGAGUCUGAACCGUCGGCUUCGUGUUCUCGUGUUCAUCAAGAUGAUACACCACUCGACGAGUCCGUCUCGUGCCCGUCGUGCGGAAAGAAGGUGAAACUUGAGGAAAUCAAUGCGCACCUAGAUCGGUCCUGUAGAGAUCCACUGGUGUCACCGUCGCCAAGGAAGACCAGGGCACAAUGGCAGAAUAUCCUAGGGCCGAAGAGUCAAGGCAACAAAGGGAAGACGAAGGGAAAAGAGCGGUCGAGCCACGACACAGAAGACGACGAUCCGUUGCCAAAGAAGUCGUAUGGCGUCCUGAAGGAUAAAGCUAUUCGGGAGCUGCUGCAGGAAUAUGAUCUACCCGCCUAUGGAGACCGAAAUACCCUCAUAGCGCGUCAUCAGCAAUGGGUUAUCCUAUACAACGCGAACUUGGAUAAAUCAGAGACACUCCGUAAACACGUUGACGCUUUGAGACGGGAUCUUCAACAGUGGGAGGCACAGCAAAAGGGCAAGUCGAAGCGUGAUAUUGGAGAUCCUGCAACGUACGAGCGGCAGAACCGGUCUGAGUUUGCAAAGCUCGUUGCUGCGGCUAGGCCCAAAAAGCCUGAAUCCUCUAUAUCCAGCAAUGGCGGAGUCGUAGAAAAAGACGACCCAUCUGUGGCUACUCAUCAUGAUAUCAUUGUUGUUGAUGGCGAUUGA